AUGUCACCACCUAGAGUCUUCGAAGGCAAGCUUGCCAUUAUCACUGGCGCUUCGCGAAGCUUCGGCGCCGCACUUGCGACACACUUCGCCUCGCGCGGUGCUAACAUUGUAAUCAACUACGCCACAUCGUCUUCGGAUAAGAUCGCGGCGGAGUUAGCGAACCAUCUCUCCACAACGUACAACAUCACCGCACUCCCCGUACGCGCCGAUCUCCUCGACCCUUCCGCUCCCGAGACUAUCAUCAAUGCGGCAAAGGCCGUCUUCACGAACCCCACGACCACACCCUCAUUCCAGAUCGACAUAUUGAUCAAUAACGCCGCUGUCGUCAAUGCGCAACCCAUUCAAGACCUCGAUGUAGAUCUUUGGGACCAGACCUUCAACAUAAACUGCAAAGCUCCUGCGCUUCUGAUCAAAGCCGCGUUUCCCUACCUCCCGCACGACAGAUCUGGUAGGAUCGUGAACAUCUCGUCGGCGACAACGACAUGGGGUUUGAUCCAACAGACGUCCUAUGCCGGUACAAAGGGCGCCAUAGAGGCGAUGACGCGUGUGUGGGCGCGUGAACUUGCUGAACGCGCAACUGUCAACAGUGUGAGCCCUGGUCCGAUGGACACGGGUCUUCUGAACGGGCUGCCCGAGGCGCCAAAGCAGGCGUUGAGGAUGUACAACGCAUUGAUUCCGUUGGCGAAAGAAAGACCAGGAGUGGACAGUGAACAAACCUUGAGAUUGGCGGACGAGAUUGGCGGUAGGCCGGGCACACUGGAAGAGGUGGCAGGUAUUGUAGGUAUCGCCUGUCUGCCGGAGAGUGGCUGGAUGACGGGUAAUCAGUUGGGCGCAAGCGGAGGCGGUGCUUUUGUUAGGUGA